CAGAAUUGUGACUGUUGUAACCUCUGGUGUAUCUUUUUUGUCUGUUCUAAAUUGUCACAAUUGUCAUUGAAAGAGCGACGUUAGUAUGGCGUGUGGAAAAACAAGUGCAGAAGACACAAUUGGAAUUGGAAUUGCAACAUACUCUGUUGUCCAUUACUUGAUUCGUAGUGAUUCUGGGAGAACAAUAAAAUUUAUCUUUCUACUGUUUCUUCUUUCUCUUCUUUUUCUUCUUCCUCGUCUUUCGCUGGUGUCUGUAAUAUUUUUUGCUUUUCUCAUGUGCCGAAAAGAGAAGGAUCCGCAGAAACGGUCUCCUGGAGAUGAUAAAUAGGAACAUUCUUCAGUGAUGGACGAUAAAAGUGUUCUAUCAAAAGAUAUACUACUAAAGAGAGAUUUGGCAAAAGAACAUCCGAAGUACAAACAAGAAGAGAAGUUGAUUCGAACAUGGCAGACAUAAGCAUAUAUGUGACUUCCCUAUUGACGUCGUCUGAGAGAAGAAUCUCAUUGAAUUACUCUCUUGGAUACUUGAAAAAAAGACUAGAAUUGAUAACAGGCGUGCCUCCAGCUAACCAACAGCUCCUACUAUAUGCAACAUCAUUGACUACUGAUCCCAUCAUAAUUGACGACAAGGGCGACGAUACUUUACUAUCGACAUUUCCAGACUUAAUUCCUUUUGCGAGACUUCAUGUUAAUGAUACAAGACCGGAUUCAGAAUUGAAUGAGCUAGCAAAAAGACAAAAUAGCUGCAAUGAUAAAAAUGAAGACAACAGCAAUAAUAACAAUAACAAUGAGUUUUUCAAGUUGAACGAAGAGGAUUAUAGCAAGAAGGAGAACACAGUGAGAAGCUGGAAAUUGAAAAAUAAAUUGGGUAGGUUUAAUGAAGGUUAUUCUGCAAAUAAACAAAAGGAAAUUGAUGAGACUAAUCUACUUUCAUUGAAUUAUAAGAUUGAUGAUAGGUGUAAAGUCAUUAAAGAUAAUAGAAUUGGAACAAUCAAGUACAUUGGAAAAAUCAAAGAAAUCGACAACGAUUUUAUUUGGGUUGGCAUAGAAUUCGAUGAGCCGGUUGGUAAGAACAAUGGCAGUAUUAAAAACUACCACUACUUCAACUGUAAAAAGAAUUAUGGCGGCUUCUUGAAGGCUAACACUAUAAAAAUUGGUGAUUUCCCCAAACCAAGCUUAUCUGAAUUUGACGACUCUGACGAUGAACUAUGAUUAUAGUAUAUUUACUAAAUAAACUAAUUGAUAAAAUAUACAAGUGUA